AUGGGGAAAGGAGAUUAUAAUAAUCAGCAGCAGCAGCGGAGGCACGACGAUGAUGACGAUGAAAGGAGAAACAGAAACAGAUUAUUCCUUUGUGAGAGAUGUUCGAUGGGACUUUCAAGAAUCAGUUUUAAAUGUGUUUUCGUUUUGGUGUUGAGUUUGUGUCUUUUGGUCUCUGCUCUCUUUUGGAUCUUUCCUUUCCAUUCUUCUGUAGGUUCGAUUAACGGGUUCGACGCUAAAGAUGAAAUUAAACUCAGUGCUACAGUACAAGCAUACUUCAGACUUGUAAAGCCAGUGGCGCAGCUUGUUACACACAUUGCAAGAUUAGAACAUGAUAUCAAUGACGAAAUAGGCAUCCCAAACGCAAAGGUGGCUAUUCUGUCCAUGCACCAAUUAAAUGCUUCUAAUUGGACUGAUGUGGUGUUUGGUUUUAGUCCCGAUCCAAUAAAUGUCCCAAUAAACAUGGUGUCCUUAAGUGUGCUGAGGUCAUCACUAAUUGAGCUGUUCCUUGAGCAAUCCAAUUUGACUGUGACUACAUCGAUUUUUGGGCAACCAUCUACAUUUGAAAUUUUGAGGUUUCCUGGGGGAAUCACUCUAAUACCGAUGCAAUAUGCUUCAAUUUGGCAGAUGCCCCAGAUUCUCUUUAAUUUUACUCUUAACAAUUCUAUAACUGAAGUUCUGGACAGUUUUGGAGAGUUAAAAAAUCAGUUGGAGUUUGGGUUGCACCUAAGGCGAUUUGAGAAUGUGUAUGUGAAAAUAACAAAUGAGGAUGGUUCGACAAUAACUCCCCCAGUCACUGUUCAGGCUUCAAUUGUGUCAGAUUUGGGGACACUUCAGCUACAGAGGUUGAAGCAGUUGGCUCAAAUAAUCACUGCUUCUCCUGUAAAAAAUCUUGGCCUCAACAAUUCAGUCUUUGGUAAAGUAAAGGGUGUUGUUUUGUCAUCAUAUUUAAAGGGCACGCUUCAUGCAACUCCUCCUACUCCUUCACCAGCUCCCUCUCCGCAGCUCAGUGACUGUGCUGAACCAUCAGUUUCCCCUUAUCCUGCUAUUUCUCCAUCUCUCCCUCCAGCAACCGCUCCAUCUGGCUUUAGUAUCCCAAGCGAGCCUUACCAUUCUUUUGCUCCUGUAAAUUCCCCUGCACCUUCUGUGACACCUGCCUACCCUCCUCAGCACUGUCUACAACAUGGUUCUGCAACUCCACCAAGCAACUCUCCAUCUCGUUCUAACACAACUCCUCGUUUACAUCCAGUGGCCCCAGAUUGGUCUCCUAUGCCUGGAGUAUCCUAUGGUUCUGGUCCCGGGAAAGGCUCAUUAUCAUCACUUGCACCAUCCACAUUGGCUCCAACCCCACCAUCUGUAGCAGUAGAUCCUUUCUACAGAAAGAUCUGGCUGUUGAGUUUCUCUGGGCUUUUCAUUUUUAAUCUUCUUUGUUGGCCUCACUAA